AUGUUUGCCCUCAACACCAUCGUCGUCGCCAUCGCGGCCCUCGCCGCCACCGCUCAGGGUGCCCCUACCGAGGUCACCGUCGAGACCCGCCAGGUCGCUUGCCCUGCCGGCGUCCAGCUUUGCGGCUGGCGUAUCCUUAACGAGCUCAACUGCUCUGACAAGGCUCACCUCUUUGCCAUCUCCCCUCUCGGAACCACCGAGGGCCAGCUCUUCGACGCCAUCUACGAGACCGACCCCACCGGUUACGUCUGGCGCUUCGUUCAGCAGUGCGGCUCGGGUAAAUGCAACAACUUUGGCCUGGGCGUUCCAGCUACUGUCUGCCGCGCUUAG